AUGGCAGACAUCAACAACAACAACCAAGAACCCAAGGACGUCGAAGCGCCCCAAGACACUCAAAAGGAAGAAUUCGUCCACGAAGAAGAUGACGCCAAGGUUGCCAAUGUCGUCAACGAAGCCGCCAUGGACGCGGAGCUGACCCAGCUCGAGGAACAGCUGCAGAGUCUCCCCAAGCGCCGCUUCGAGGUGACAAUGUCCAAUCCAGCAUACUUCACCUACAUCCUGGUUGCCUUCGCGUCCAUGGGAGGCUUGUUGUCUGGUCUGGACCAGUCGCUCAUUUCAGGCGCGAACCUGUUCCUGCAGAAGUCCUUGACUCUCUCUGAUGGCCAGGAUAGUUUGGUUAAUGCCGGUAUGCCCCUUGGUGCCGUUGGUGGUGCGUUGAUUCUCUCGCCUGCCAAUGAAUAUCUGGGUCGCAAGAACGCGAUUAUUGUUUCGUGUAUCCUCUAUACAAUUGGUGCGGCGCUCGAGGCUGGCGCAAUUGAUUUCGGCAUGAUGUUUGCGGGUCGCUUUGUGCUUGGGAUGGGUGUUGGCUUGGAGGGCGGCACGGUGCCUGUCUACGUGGCUGAGAGUGUCCCCCGUAAGAUCCGUGGUAACCUUGUCUCCCUCUACCAACUCAACAUCGCUCUCGGUGAAGUCCUUGGCUACGCUGUGGCUGCCAUCUUCGUCGGCGUCGAAGGCAACUGGCGGUUCAUCCUCGGCUCGUCGCUCGUCUUCUCCACCAUCCUGCUAGUGGGCAUGCUCUUUCUCCCCGAGAGCCCGCGAUAUCUGAUGCACAAGGGCCGCGAAGUGGAAGCCUACGCGGUGUGGAAGCGGAUCCGCGGGUUCAACGACCUCGAAGCCAAAGACGAGUUCCUGGGCAUGCGCCAGGCCGUCAGCGCCGAGCAGGCCGAGCAGGCCGCUACCAAGAAGUUCGCCUGGAUGGAUUUCUUCACCGAGGGCCGUGCCCGUCGCGCCAUUGUCUACGCCAAUAUCAUGGUCUUCCUCGGCCAGUUCACCGGUGUCAAUGCGAUCAUGUACUACAUGUCCACGCUGAUGGAGGCCAUCGGCUUCGACGCCAAAAAAUCAGUCUUCAUGUCCCUCGUCGGUGGCGGCUCGCUGCUGCUCGGCACCAUCCCUGCCGUGCUGUACAUGGAGCGCUUCGGUCGCCGCUACUGGGCGAACGCCAUGCUCCCGGGCUUCUUCGUCGGCCUCGUCCUCGUCGGUGCGGGCUACACAAUCGACUACCACGCGCACCCUGCCGCCGCAGAGGGUCUCUACCUAACGGGGAUUAUCCUCUACAUGGGCUUCUUUGGAUCCUACGCAUGUCUGACAUGGGUGAUUCCCUCAGAGGUAUUCCCGACCUACCUCCGCUCGUACGGGAUGACGACCGCAGAUGCGAAUCUGUUCCUGUGCUCGUUCAUCGUGACCUACAACUUCACGCGCAUGAUGGACUCCAUGACGCGCAUUGGGCUGACGUUGGGUUUCUACGGCGGCAUUGCCGUGCUCGGAUGGUUCUAUCAGAUUAUCUUCAUGCCCGAGACGAAAAAUAAGUCGUUGGAGGAAAUCGAUGAUCUCUUCUCGCGCCCUACUUCUGCCAUUGUCAAGGAGAACCUCAAGAGUACGAGUGAGAUUAUUCGCGAUCUUGCCCACUUUCGGAUCAAGAAGGUGUUUUCGCCGGCGCCGUCUACCUCGGUUUUGGAUCAUUGA